AAGCUUAUGCACGUCGAAAAUUAUUAUUUACAGCUGAACAACUUGAGAAUCAACGUGCUAGACAAUGUGAAGCUUAUAGACUUCGUACUGAGGCUGAAUCAAAUGAGCAAGCAGACCACCGAUGUAGAGCUCAACGUUUAGCAUAUAUGCAUAAUAUUAAACAAGCAUAUGGAUAUAAUGCUGCAUAUAUGCAAAUUUAUAAUACUAAUUCUGUUAUCUGUCACCAACUUGGAUCAAUGGAAGUUAAAUGUUUGCAAUGUGGAGUACUUCAUUGGUUAGAAGAAAGAGUAGCUGGUAGUAUACUUGCACCAACUUUUAGUACCUGUUGUGCCAAUGAAAAAAUAAAAUUGCCACCUAUUAAUCAACCACCAGAGCCUCUGCUUUCAUUGCUUAUUGGAAAAGAUAGCUGA